UCUGGAGCAAAAUUAGACUUGACCAAAUUCUCAGAAAUGCAUGAGUGUGAACUGCAAUUUAAUCAUCUUUCUACAGAAUCCCCUUUGUCUGAAUUCACAGAUGCACCUCCCAUUCUCACACACAUUUUGGUUGUCUUUUUUUUUUAUUAGACAACCACUGUUUUUCUUCUCUGUGUUUGAGAGUUCUGUUUUCCUCAGUUUUCACAAAAGGGAAGUGAAAUUUGCUGAGGCAGACUGGUUUUCUAGCUCAGUGGUUAGACUUGUAGCAGACUCGAACGGACCAGAGAGGCAAUCAUGAACGCAACUGCUUUUCUUCAGAGAGAUGAGGAGACCGAAAUGGGCUUGGUGGGGGCCUGUGUGAUCCUGGGCAUGUGCUUCCUGGUGGGUACACCUGGGAACCUGCUGGUGGUGUGGACCAUCUUGAAGUAUGUGAAACAGCACUCUCACACGGUGCUGCUCAUCCUCCACCUGGCAGUCGCAGACCUUCUGGUGCUGAUCACCCUGCCGCUGUGGAUCUACUCGCUGGCCCGUUCCUGGGUGUUCGGAGAGGCCGUCUGCAAAGCCAUGGUGUACGUCAUCAAUGCCUGCAUGUACAGCAGCGUCUUCAUCAUCACCAUCAUGAGUGUGGGGCGCUUCCUGGCUGUCAGGUACCCUUUCACCUCAAUCCGCUGGAGGAAACAAGCACUGAACAGGAUACUUCUGAUAAUAUGGAUAGCCUCAUUUCUCCUCAGUAUUCCCGUCAUUGUAACUCACACUUUGGGAGAAGAACACGGACAGCAACAGUGUACUUUCAGGGAGUACAAGUCUGACAUCCAAGAGGCUGUGUUGCUUAUUUUAGAAACUCUUAUAGGCUUCAUCAUCCCCUUUUUCACCAUGUUGGUCUGUUACGGCUGCCUCUUUAGUCGCAUAGCACAGAUGAACUUCAAGUCCAAGCGUAAAUCGACAGUUCUCAUCUGCAGUGUGGUUGUGAUGUUCGCGCUCUGCUGGAUACCUCAUCAUGUGGGGAACUUCCUUUCCCUCAUCUCACUUGCUCUCAAGCAUUCAAACCCAAACAUGGCAGAACGUUUGGAGGACGCCUGCACCACAAUGACCAUUAUAGCAGGAGCCCUGGUGUUCAUCAGUAGCUCAGUCAAUCCAGUGCUUUAUGUGUUUGCCGCACGUACCUUCCGCAGCUCGCUCCGGGAAACUGGAAUACACAAGCUGUUCCAACAUCUGUCAAGUUCAGCAUCUGGUGAAGGGAAUAAAGAGUUAUCAUUCGUGUCCAAAAGACAAAGUUCACUCACCACCAACUCACAAUGUCUCACAGACUCGAAACUGCCUGAAGAUGUGGCUGUGGAAUCAUGCAUCAGUGCCUCAGAUUGA